CAAAAUCUCCCACCACAAUCCGGCAAAGCCAUCGGACCCGCAGCGCAUUCGAGGUUGGAUGAACCUCACUUCACCUGUAACCGACAACACAUGGGUGAAUAUAAUUUUGGACGCUCGGAACAACAACAUGUGGAAGGAAAACGCCUUCGUCUUUAAGUUCGACGAUCAUGGGUGUUCGAUUGCCAAGAGGUAUGCGGAAAACCUCAUGAAAGUUUUUUUCCCCGGAGUCAAACUAUCUACGCCAUGCGUCGUACCCGCGAAAAGUUACGAAAUAAGUGACACGCCCCUACACUUUGCUAUCACAGGCGUGCCCGUGAUGGUCUAUGGUCACUACCGUUACCGAUUGUAUAUGGGUUACGAACGAAAACCAGCAGAAGUCUGCGUGAGCGCAGAGGGUCACAUCAUCCCGAAGACAUGGUAGCGCGUGAAGGGGCACCUCAGCCAUCGU